CGAGAAGAUACAACUUGGAGCGGCCAUAGGCCACUAUCAUCUUUUUGAACGGCCAUUGGAGUAGCAUGGCUUGACGAGACUGAACCAAAGGAGGCAAACCGUGGCCAUGGUACGGGGCCCCCAUUCUAAACACCCGAUCGAACUAGCGCUGCCGAUAAGCUAGUAGGAGUACUAUACAUGGUACACUACACGUCCCAGUUACUCUCAGCGCACGCACACGCUCACGCUCACCCGCGUUCCCCCCGUCUCCACAUGUCAAAACGGAGAUCAAGAAGCACAAGAAUCGACGCCAUGGCUAUGAUUAUGCCGCCCAUGGCCUCCGCCGGCGCCGUUGCCGCGCUCCUCGUGCUCACGUCGCUGCUUCAGCCGCGCGCGGCGCGGGCGCAGAUAGCGGCCGCGCCGUGGGCGGCGCCGCCGCCCUGGCCCGGCGAGCUCGACUGCACGGGCGCGCUCCUGAACCUGUCGUCGUGCCUCACCUACGUGGAGGCCCGGAGCGCGCUGACCCGGCCGGAGAAGGGCUGCUGCGGCGCGCUCGCCGGCGUCGUGGACGGCGAGGCCGCCUGCCUGUGCGGGCUCGUGGGCGGGUACGGCGCCUACGGCGUCCGCGUCGACGCCGUGCGCGCGCUCGCGCUGCCCACCAUCUGCCGCGUCGACGCGCCCCCGCCGAGGCUCUGCGCUGCCCUCGGGGUGCCCGUCGCCGAGCCGCCGGGCGGCGCCUUCCCGACGGAGUCAGCAGGACCAUCCGGCAUGCCGGCGAACGCGCCGUCAACGGCGGCCUCCGGAAUCGGCGGCGCCGGCGGUCCGGCGACGCACCGGCCCACAAGACACCACCUGCUUCUGCCGCUCCUGGUGAUCCCCGCCACGCUGCUGCUCCUGCUGCUGCAGCAGUAAAACCAGUAAACCACACACCGGGUCACUCACACGGCACACACAGACAGCAGCAGCGGCACAUCUGUGCAACCAACCAACCAACUGUACAUGCAUUGUACGCCGCUCGACCGUCGAUUCAUCAAUUCUCUCAGAA